AUGGCAACUGACAAGCCAACCAUCCUCCUCAUCCCCGGCGCUUGGCACCAAGGAAGCACUUUCGAGCCCGUCGCGAAGAUACUUCGCGCACAAGGAUAUCAAGUAGAGACUGUAACCCUGCCUUCUGCCGGUGGACCAAAAUCAACAACGGCCUAUGAUGACGCCGAACACAUCCAGAAAGCGUAUUUGAACGACCUUAUUGCCCAGGGCAAGGAGGUAAUUCUUGUCAUGCACUCAUACGGCGGCAUCCCAGGCACAGAGAGUGUCAAGGGGUUUGCACGCAAAGAUAUCGCCACAAAAGGGAGAAAGGGAGGCGUCGUUAGCCUCAUAUACCAAUCGGCCUUUCUGGUUCCCGCUGGAGCAAGCAUCGCGUCAUUCAUGCCAGGUGGACUGGAUUAUUUUAUGACAAUGGACGGAGACAAAAUGUAUCCCAAGAGCCCGAGGGAACGGUUCUAUAACGACCUCGACGAUGAAAGUGCCUCGAAAUACCUGGCCGCAAUCGUGCACCACGCCCCAGAGACCAUGCGGACUCCGCUGACCUAUGAGGCCUAUCGUGAUGUACCUACUAACUAUAUCUUUUGUACUCGGGAUGCCGGGUUCCCUCUUGUUGCGCAACAGAAGAUAGCUACUAUUCCCGGAGAAGGGGUUGUACGUACGUACUCUAUUGAUGCGGGGCAUUUUGCUAUGUUGAGCCAGCCGCAGGCUGUGGCUGAUGUGAUUGAUGAUGUUGCGACGAGGGUAGCUACCAUUUGA